UUUGCUCUUCUUUGCCUGAGUACUGGACCGAAUGAUGUGCAUCAACGUUGUUCCUUCCUUGUCCUUUUAGAAAAUUGGGUAAUGUGUCUCUUUUUCGCAAGGACCUUGUCAAGUGACAAAAACUUCCAUGUAUAAAUACCCUCCAUCCAAACCCACUUUCCUUUUUCUUUCAACUUUUUUUUUUCUUCAAUCCCAAAACUACUUCCUUUCCUUCUUUACCAAUACUUUUUUUUCCCAUUUACUUCACAAACAUGUCUCAAGGUCCUACUUUGGUAAUUGUUGCCCACGGUGCUCAGAACUUGAAGGAUGUUGAGACCUUUGGCAAGCAAGACCCCUACUUGCAGUUCAGUCUCGACUUUAACAACCCAAAGUCAUUCCAAAAGACCUUUGUCCACAAGGAUGCUGGCAAGACCGCUACCUGGAACCAGACCUUUACCGUUUCUCUUGCUGGUGAGCCCGAGUUGUUCAUUGAGCUCAUGGAUGAAGAGACCACAGCCGAUGCAGUGAUUGCCUUUGCAGCGAUCCCCGUCAACCAAAUCGUUCAUGCCCCUGGUGCUACAAUGCAUGGCGUCUUUGAUCUCUUUACUCCCGAUGGCAAGCAGCAGGGCGAGGUCAACCUUACAUUGACUGCCCACAAUGUUCCCGGUCAAAACACCCAACCGGCCAUUCAGACCUCUACACCCGUCAAGGGCACCUCUCACAUCUCUGAACUCCACCACAAACGCAUCAAGUCCCUAAAGAACAGAGAAACCGCUGCCGAUGCUGGAGGUGCUGCCUUCGGAGGACUCUUGGCCGUAGGAGCCGGUCUCUUGGCCAACAAGCUUAUGGACGAUAAGAAAAAGGAGGAAGAGGCUCGCAAGGAGGCCGAGCGUCAAGCCCAAUUGGAGCAUAGCAAGUUUGAGAAUGAGAAGAAGCGUCUGGAAGAAGAGAGGGCCGCCUUCCAGCGUACACAGCUAGAGCAGCAGGCCCGUCUUGAGCAACAACAGCAACAGAUUCAUCAGCAGCAACAGCAACAGCAACAGCAACAGCAACAGCAUUCUCAGCACCAGUCCGAAUAUCAGCGUCAUGAACAGCAUCAGCAGCAUCAGCAGCAUCAGAGCAGCCAUCAGAGCAGCAGUGGACACCAUGGUGAUUAUAAGAAGAAGAAGCAUCACGGCGGUGACUCCUCUUCAUCAUCUGACUCUGAUUCAGACUCUUCUCACAAGAAGGACAAGAAGGACAAGAAGGGCAAGCACUGGCAGGCCUCCGGUCACUAUUACUCCCCUGGCGACAAGGUCAAGUAUGAUGGACGCAAGUACAUCUGCUUGCAGGGCCACAAUUCCCAGCCUGAUUGGACUCCCUCUGCCGCACACUCUCUCUGGCACUCUAAAUAAAUAAACUAGGGAAAGGAGAGUGGAAAGCUGAUGGGCCAGAGUUUUUUUUUU